GGCGGCCGCUAACCUGCAAUUUCGCGUCUGUUUUGCGGGUAUCGGCCCUUUGGUGUUGUUUUUGGGGCUGUUGGCGUUUUUUUCGAUGAGUUUUUUCGUUUGUGAUGCGAUUUUCGGCUCGUGUUUCUGGGGGCGGUGAGCGGAAUCCCCCUGGUGGUGGUUUAUUGAAACGAAACGUCAAGUUUAGAUUGUUCACGUUAUGUCGUUGAUGUAAGUGGUUAGUGGUGUGAGCCAAAAUGGCAGAAAACGCACGGGAUAUUUCCGAACAACCCAAAUCUGCAGUUGACAAGGAAUUGCGGUUAAAGAAUUUGAAAGAAAGACAAAAUGAGGAGAGACAAAAGAAACUGGAAGAAAUCAAAGCACAAGCGCUGGCAGCACAACGAUUUAAAGAACAGAAAGAGCAGGAGCGGAGGAGACGGCUAGAGGACCUCAAAGGCAAGGAAGACGUAAGGCGGCAGCAGGUCGAGGAGCGAAAAAAGGCGAUCGUACAGGCUGAACAAGACCGGCUGGUCUCGAUUUUGAAACGCAACCAGGAACGCGAGGCGCGAAUCGAGGCCAAAAGGAAGAACGAGAGGAGCAAUAUCGUGUUCGCCUUCGGCUCGUCGACGCCGAGGAUGCUGGACCCCACGGACCUGUCGGCGAGCUUUUGGGGCCACAGGAGGGCCACGUCGAUACAGAAUAUCACCUGCACGGCCUCCUCGACUUCGUUAACGAGACGGCAAUCAGAAAGGGAUCUUGACAGUGGAAGCAAAAAGCGGGCUACUUCUGCUAGUGGACUGGAGCGAUCUGGUGAAAGUAGCACUCCGUUGACACCUGCUGGUUGUGCGAGUGGAUACGUCGGUCGCCGUCGUACAGAUUUAAUGCCAACCAUUCCCAAUAGAGAUUCACCUUUUGCUGCAUCACGCAAAUCACUUAAUCACUCACCAGGUAGGGCUUAUUCGAUGUCGCGUUUAGACCAACUAGCGAAACCACGCAAGAGGCCCGAUUUGCCAGCCGUAGUGGAAUCGACGUAUUCUUCCUUUAGACCACUAUCCUCCCCUCGACAAUCCUCAGUAACCCGUAGCAUGAGCCACUUAGCAGUAGGUAAGACAGGGCCGGCACAAAAUAGGAAACCCUUGAAUAAAGCAGACAGCAGGAGUAUGCAUCAGCUGUCAGUGGAUGGGCCCACAAUUUCACCGCGCACAACGCGCGCCACGCAAUUGAGACAGCAGAAAUUGCUAGCAUCCUCUAAUUGCAGCGAUGCAUCAUCAAGACCAAGUAGUUCGUUAAGUCAACAAAGCACAACCAGCGUAACUAGUUCUGUAAGUGUAAGGCAUCGUCCGUCGACGGCGCCGAGGCGUCAGAGGCCAGCCAGCAUCGCCAUCACCGGGAUCACGCACGACGUCUCGAAGAACGUCGACAACAAGAAAGGCGAAAACAAACCGCCGCUACCAAAAACUAGGAAAUCGGUCACGAAAGACAAAACGACGAAGAGCAAAACGUCGCCAGUCGAUAGUACACCAAAGAGUUUAGCGUCGCCGGUAGCCGCGCCCGUCUCCAAUUUCGAGAAAACUGAUGAAGUUCCCGAGAAAGAACCACCAGAGGCCCCGCCACAACCGGCCGAUAACCAACAACAACAACAACAACAACAACCCAAACCGGAAGACGCGGAGAAGAGCGAAGAAACGGCGUGCCUAAACGUAAAAGAAGAAACUCAUACCGUAUCGACGAGUGAAAAAUCCGAAAUAACAGUUAACGUAACCAGCAGUGAGCAAAUUAAACAAAUUACAACCGAACUGAUUAAAUCUGAGUCCAAACCUCAGCCUGUACCCCAAACACAAUCAGAACCACAACCACAACCCCCACCCGCCCCCGUAGUUAGUGAAAUAAAGCCACCGAUAGAAGCGCCUGUUCUAGAAAAUAAAGACGAAAUGACGACUUCGUUCACGAAGGUUAGGAUUAACACGGAAGAGGAAGCUAAAGCGGCUUUGGCGGAACGAAGACGUCUGGCGCGGGAGGAGGCCGAAAGGCAAGCCGAACAAGAGAGGCUGCGGAUAGAGCAAGAAGCGCAAGCCGAGCUCGAAAGACAAAGACGGGAAGAAGAACAAGUGCAGAAGCUGGUAGAGCAACAAAGAUUAGCCGAACAAGAGAGAUUGGAAGAAGCGAUUCGAGAGGCGCAGAAAAGAGAGGAAGAAGAGAGGUUGAGGAGGGAGGAAGAACAGCGUGCGAAGGUAUUGAAAGAGGAAGCGGAUAGGAAAGCACGAGAGGAAGCGGAAAGAAAGUUCGCGGAACAACAAGAAAGGUUGAAGAAUGAAGAGAAGGAGAGGGAGGCUCGGCGUAAGAGGGUCGAGGCGAUCAUGCGUAGAACUAGAGGAGUUAAUAAUGCGAAUCCACCUUCGCAGCAGAAUUCUGAGGAUAAAAAUGAGAAUAAGUCUGAAAGUAAGAUGAACGGAACGAAAACUGUAGAGCAGGAGAACGGAACGAAGAACGGGAAGGACGUGGAUAUAGUAGAUAAUAUUAUUUCUGAUGACACAGUGAAGAAUGCGAAUACUGUGUCAAUAGAUACAAUUAAUAGUACUGAUUCAAUAAAUUCAAAUAAUACAUGGCAAACUACGCAGCAGUAUGGUAAUUUACUGUGUGAUAAUAAUAAUAGUUGAAGAAGCAAAUGUUGGUAUUUUUCAGAUCCAUUGAUGUGAACAUCAGAAUUGUAGUUACAUAUUUAUAUGUAUAGAAUUGCCCUUAUCCUAAUUUUAAAGUAAUUUAUUUUGAUAUUUUGCGUGUUGAUCUACACGUCGAUGCUGAAUACGUGUAUAUAUUUUUUCUGGGUGCAUGGAAAGUAUGGCAACUCUAUUCAUAAUUUGUUAUCGAUUUUUUUUGACUGAGAGUGUAAAAAAUCUCGAUCAAAAGCAAUAUUAAAUACUUGUGAUUCUUCAGUAUUACUUGAAAUGUUUCCUUCUUUUCAUUUUUUUAUAUGUAUAUUUGUUAAAUUUUUUCCGUUUUAACUUUACUUGACUUUGGUCGAGAUUGCACAAUCUUCCAUUUGAUAACUCAGUCUUUACUAGUCAUCUUCAUUGUAUAUUAAAUUGUUGUGUAAUGUUAUCUCUUCUAAUCUGUCUUUGUUGGACCCGUUGGUUUUUUUAUUUAUAUCGUCCAGCAAUGUUUUAUCGACAUUUUAUAGUGCAUUUGAAAUUAUUAAAAGUCAUGUUUUAUCGUGAACAUGUUAUGAUAUGGAAAAGGGUUAUUUCGUUAUUAGUGUUUAAUAAUAUAUUUUCAAAUACUACCUAUUUACAUUACCUAUAAAAUCUAAGCUGUUAGCGUGUUUAAAUAGGUUUUGUAUAGAUUAGAUUAAACUUUUUCGUUUGACUGGAACAGUAAUUGUAACUGUAAAUUUUUUCUUAUAACUCGUAAUUAAUUUUCAUAUUUAUAUAUAAACAAAUUUCACUAUUGGAGGCAAUUAUAGGUUUAAAUAUCUGGUUCAAAGGUAACCCUCAAUAAUACUAUGUGGUUAAUUACAGUUCUGUAAAACGCUUGUUGAAAAGUGCUUAAUAAAUGUAAAAUUUAUUUAUGACUUCUAAAA